CCCCGAAUUGAUGCGCAUAAACCAUCCAUAAGUGGCUGCGCGUUCCUCUUCCACUUGCUUCUCUUCUGCCUCACAUCACUCUUCUCUUCUUCACUUUCCUUUUUCCGAUUCAUUGCAGAAACCACAUCUUCCAACACUCUCCAAUGGCUCUCAGACUCAAUCCUCUCCCUCCCCAAACCUUCUCCCUCCCCCAGAUGGCCAGCCUUAGAUCUCCCAGGUUCCGUAUGGCCUCCACCCUCCGCUCCGGUUCCAAAGAGGUUGAAAAUAUUAAGAAGCCUUUCACGCCUCCCAGAGAAGUGCAUGUUCAAGUAACACACUCUAUGCCACCCCAGAAGAUUGAGAUUUUCAAGUCUUUGGAGGAUUGGGCUGAGCAGAACAUCUUGACUCAUCUUAAACCAGUAGAAAAAUGUUGGCAACCACAGGAUUUUUUGCCAGAUCCUUCCGAAGAUGGAUUUGAAGAGCAAGUGAAGGAACUGAGAGAGAGAGCAAAGGAGAUUCCUGAUGAUUACUUUGUUGUUCUUGUCGGAGACAUGAUCACAGAGGAAGCCCUUCCUACUUACCAAACAAUGCUUAAUACUUUGGAUGGAGUUCGUGAUGAGACAGGUGCCAGCCUUACUUCCUGGGCAGUUUGGACAAGGGCAUGGACUGCUGAAGAAAACAGACAUGGUGAUCUUCUUAACAAGUAUCUCUACUUGAGUGGACGGGUUGACAUGAGACAAAUUGAGAAAACAAUUCAGUAUCUGAUUGGGUCUGGAAUGGAUCCUCGGACUGAGAACAGCCCCUACCUGGGUUUCAUAUACACUUCAUUUCAAGAGAGGGCAACCUUCAUAUCCCAUGGAAACACAGCCAGGCUUGCCAAGGAGCAUGGAGACAUAAAGCUGGCUCAGAUAUGCGGAAUGAUUGCCUCGGAUGAGAAACGCCAUGAGACUGCAUACACCAAGAUUGUGGAAAAGCUGUUUGAGGUUGAUCCUGAUGGAACAGUGACGGCUUUUGCCGACAUGAUGAGGAAGAAAAUUGCCAUGCCAGCACACCUGAUGUACGAUGGCCGGGAUGACAACCUGUUUGAUAACUACUCUGCCGUUGCCCAGCGCAUCGGGGUCUACACUGCCAAGGACUAUGCUGAUAUCCUUGAAUUUCUGGUGGGGAGGUGGAAGGUGGACAAUCUAACAGGACUUUCUGGUGAGGGAAGAAAGGCUCAGGAAUACGUCUGUGGUCUGCCACCAAGAAUUAGAAGAUUGGAGGAGAGGGCUCAAGCAAGAGUGAAGGAGUCAUCAAAAAUUCAGUUCAGUUGGAUUCAUGACAGGGAAGUACUACUCUGAACGCACCAAGGAGCAUCGUGAAUCUUGCAGCAACACCAUUCUGAGAAAUGUUGACUAGUUGAAAAUUCACUUGUCUUUUUCUCUUAUCCUUUUUUUUUUUUUGGUCCUAUGUUAUAUGUCACUGUAAGGUGAAACAGUUGUUCUUGCAUGGUUCGCUAGUUACGCUUUAAGCAGUUAGGGGCAGCUGUAGUAUUAGAAAUGCUAUUUUUUGUUUUCCUUUUCUUUGUGGUAGUGAUGUCUGUCGAAGUAUGAGCAAACUUUUUUUUUUUUUUUUUCUGGCAAUUUUGAUGAUAAAGAUAAAUUUAGUUUUCA